UUUUGCAUUGAUUAAAUCACAUUUGGGUGUGAUGGAGCCUGCAGUUUCCUGUUUAUUGGGAUUCCUUUUGGCCUUUCUUCUCUUACAGUUCACAGUACCUGCCCAAGCAAUGAGUUCCGAUAUACAAAUUAGCAUUCAGGUUCCAGAUGCAGAAAGUGUACUGGUGGAGUGUACUUCAGGAAACUUGAUCCCACCUGCUGAGAUUACAUGGAGAGACAGCAAGGGGAAAGUAAUUCCACCCUCGUCAAAAUUUGAUUCUCAGGAUAGAGCUGGAUUAUUGUACUUGAAGAGCAAUAUUCUUCUAAAAAACAGAACACAAGGUCCUAUUACUUGUUCUAUUUACAAUGUAACUACUAAUCAGGAGAAAAAGAGAAGUAUUUUUCUCCCAGAUGUCCUGUUCAAGCCAACAUAUAUGUCAUUGAUGUCAAAAAGACCUCCAUGCCCUGUAAUAUAUUUGAUCAUUAUAUUACUUCUUCAUUGUCUCAGAGGCAUACUUCUUUUUUGUUCUUUUGUAUGGAAAAAAUAUAAAUCUACAGAAGGAGAAGUUGCAAGCUCACUACCACCACAAGACAAUGGCAUUGGCUCUCCCUCUCCAAGGAGCUCUUGCUUUGCACUUGCAUGCCAUUCUGGGAUGGAAGAAAACUAUCAGGCGCUAAAUAGAAGAAUAGAUCCGAACAGAAUGAGACUUGUCUAUAAGAUUGUCUGUGAAUGUCUACCUUUAGCUUUGUAUAUUGGCUUCCUUCCUCUCUACUUGAAAUUCAGGAGCCAAGCUUCUAUUUUGGACGAUGCAUACCCAUUGUAUAGUAAUUGGCUGUGGGAUGUAUGCAUAAUCUUGGUUGUGAUGAUGAUAUUUUUCACUGGACUCAUCCUGCUUCUACUUUGUACUCUAAAGACCCCUAGAAAGUUCCAGAGAGGAAAUCAUUGUACACCAAGGAAGUUACAGUGAGGAAAACAUCCUGGAACAAGGAAGUUGCAGUGAGGAAAACAUCCUGGAACAAGGAAGUUGCAGUGAGGAAAAUAUCCUGGAACAAGGAAGUUGCAGUGAGGAAAAUAUCCUGGAACAAGGAAGUUGCAGUGAGGAAA